CCACCGUUAUUAUACAGUUAUCCUCCGCCUUAAGUUUCCCAAACGCGGCAAUUCCUUAUAGAAUCCAGAUUCCAAUAUACAAUCCUACAAUUCCUCAGGAAUCCUCCCCCAAUCGGCGAUUCUUAUUAAUUCCUCGCCCAAUCCAAUCCAAUCAAUUACCCGAUUUCAAUAGUAUAAUUCCCACAUUUAACUAGCUCCAUUUCCAAUUAAAAAUUUCCGGACGCCGGUAUGAUGGUUCCGCAACCGGGAAACUCCGAGUUGACCCGACAAUUCCUCAGUAGCGUCCUUUCCCAACGGGGACCGUCGGCGCUGCCGUACUCCGAAGACGUCAAGUGGAUGAUCCGGCAACACCUUCUUGCUCUCUACGAUGUCUAUCCUUCUCUCAACAUUAAAACCAGCACCUUCACUCACAACGACGGCCGGAGCGUUAAUCUCCUCCACGCCGACGGCACCGUUCCGAUGCUCUACAACGGCAUCACCUACAACAUCCCGGUAAUCAUCUGGCUCAUGGAAUCUUACCCCCACCACGCGCCUCUGGUAAUGGUCUCUCCCACUCCUGAUAUGAUUAUUAAACGGCCCCACCCCUUUGUGGAUCCCUCCGGCGUUGUCAAAAUUCCUUAUUUGCAGACUUGGAUAUACCCUAGCUCCAAUUUAGUUGAAUUAGCUCGGAGUUUAUCGGCCCAUUUUGGCCGCGAUCCGCCCCUUUAUUCCCAGCGCCGCCAAAGCCCUAGCCCUACCCCAAGUUCUAACCCUAACCCACAUCCUAGUAUAAGUAGUUCCAUUAAUAGUGUUAAUGCUACACCUGGAGUGGGUCCGAGGCCUGCGAUACCUCCGAGGAUGACGCCAGCAGUAUACCCGCCACCGUAUAGUACUAGUGGUGGGAGUAUAGGGGGAAGGAUGGAUGACCCAAGUGAGGUAUUUAGGAAGAAUGCGGUAAGUAAAUUGGUGGAUACUGUGCAUAUUGAUAUAAUGGGGCUAAGGAAGAUGAGGGAGGGGGAAAUGGAAGGGUUGUUCAACUUGCAAGCGGUUUUGAGGCAGCGAGCUGAGCAGUUGGGGAAAGGGUUAAAGGAAAUGCAGGAUGAGAAGGAGGGGUUAGAGCAGCAGUUGCAGAUGGUUUUGAUGAAUUCGGAUGUGAUGGAAGCGUGGUUGAGGGACAAUGAGGGGAAGCUGGGGAAAUUGAGAGGCAAUAUUGAUGUGGAUGAAGUUUUUGAGCCAUGUGAUGUGUUGUCGCAGCAAAUGUUGGAGUGUGCAGCGUCGGAUUUGGCGAUAGAAGAUGCAAUUUAUGCAUUGGAUAAGGCGGCGCAGGAAGGGGCGAUACCUUUUGAUCAGUAUUUGAGGAAUGUGAGGUUGUUAUCACGGGAGCAGUUCUUUCAACGUGCCACAGGGUCUAAGGUCAGGGCUGCUCAAAUGCAGGCUCAGGUGGCCAGUAUGGCUUCUAGGGCAUCUCAUUAUGCUGCCUGAUGGAAAUGCUUUCAAGCAAUUGAAUAAAUGUAGCAGGUAUAUCAUGAUGUUAAUGAUGAAGUGGGUGGCAGAAUUAUAUAGUUCUUUUAAAUUGUUUUGGUUACUUGUGAAAUAUCUGUUAAUACUAUCUUCAAGUUUCUUUUUCUUUAUACAUUUGUUCUGAUUACGAAACACUAGGAAUUCUUUUUGAUGGUUCAUAUAUGAAAUUUUGCAUUUCUUGA